GGUGCUGCCAGUACCAGUGUGCUGCUGGGGGGGACACUGACUGACCGCUGGGUGCUCCUCAUCCAGGCCUCUCCUCUGACGGCUUUCAUGUUUUUCUCAGAGAGUUUCUUUUUCUUUAGAAAUAAAGGAUGACAACGACGCAGGCGGACUGCAAAAGAAAACUUGGUAAACAAUGAGAUGAGGGGAUGUGAAACAUGCGUGAGCUGUCAAUAGCACACCUUGUUCAACACUCUGAAAUUUCACACCUUUUUUUUUUUUAAAACUUGCAUCUCUUUCCACAUGUUUGGUGGAAAGUGAAAUUAACCACACCUUUAAAAUUUCCAAGCUGUGGUCAGAGUGAACACGUAAAGCAUUGGCCAUGACUUCAGCCACUUCGCCUUCCUCUGAAGGUUCCUCCCCUCAAAAAGUUUGCCAUUCCCAGACGCAGACUGACAUCACCAAGCCCCUGCUGACCCCCACAGGUGGAACUGCUGCUCCUGCAGGAGGUGGAGGAGCAGCACCUGGCGGGCCAAGUGCUCUGAGAAGGGAGCGCCGAGUCCUCUCCAAAGAUGGGCGGAGCAAUGUACGCAUUGAGCACGUAAGUGGGAGAGGGGCGCUGUACCUCCGUGACCUCUGGACGACUUUCCUGGAUAUGCAAUGGCGCUACAAGUUCUUCCUCUUCUCUGCCACCUUUGCUGGGACCUGGUUUGUGUUUGGAGUACUUUGGUACCUGGUGGCCAUGGUGCAUGGAGACCUGCAGGAGUUUGACCCUCCCUCCAACCAUACACCGUGUGUAAUGGAGGUGAAGACCCUGACCGGGGCCUUCCUCUUCUCCCUUGAGUCCCAAACCACAAUUGGCUUCGGUUUCCGGUGCAUCACGGAGGAAUGUCCUGUAGCGAUUCUUCUCCUCAUCUUUCAGCUGGUCGUCACAAUGGUGAUGGAGAUCUUCAUCACAGGCACCUUCCUCGCAAAGGUUGCUCGUCCCAAGAAGAGAGGAGAGACGGUGAAGUUUAGCCAACAUGCUGUCGUGUCGAAUCACGAGGGGCGGCCCUGCCUCAUGAUUCGAGUGGCCAACAUGCGUAAAAGUCUGCUCUUGGGAUGCCAGGUGACGGGGAAGUUGCUUCAGACGUCCCUGACAAAGGAGGGCGAGACGGUGCGGUUGGACCAGCGAAAUGUGCCUUUCCAGGUGGACACGUCCAGCGACAGCCCCUUCCUCAUCAUCCCCCUCACCUUCUACCACGUCAUCGAUGACAGCAGCCCCCUCAGAGCCUGGGCAGCAAAAGGUGGUGGUUGGACAGACCCUGAGCUGGCUGACUUUGAGCUGUUGGUGAUCAUGAGCGCCACUGUUGAGCCAACCUCCGCUACCUGCCAGGUUCGAACAUCCUACCUUCCGGACGAGAUCCUCUGGGGCUACGAGUUCCCCCCUGUUGUCUCCCUGUCCCCGUCAGGAAAAUAUGUGGCCGAUUUUGCCUUUUUUGACAAAGUGGCAAAAACCAAAACUCCGCCCCUUUUCAAGCAGGUCCUGCCUCCAAACGCGCAGUCUCAGGGGUCCCAUCACCGUAAGGGCAAAGAAGAUGGAACAGACUUGGAAAAAAUGAGACUGGAGGAGAGCUACAGGGGGGAGGAGAGGGGGCGUGAAAGAGGUCGCGUUAGGGAUAGCAGCCCGCUGAGCGUACGAAUUAGUAAUGUGUGAAAGAGACGAGAGAAAGAAGAGGUUCUGAAAGGUCAUGUGAAACUGAGAUAAGGCAGAGGCAGGAAGAACAAAGAAACGAGCUGCUGAACAGGAGAAGCCACAUUCUCAUAAACAACAAAAACUGCAUCUGUGUGCGGUUCUUCUGAACUGUGGCAGGAAAUCGAACGCCUGGGUGUCAAGGCAGCGCAGGAUACCACAAUUCUGUAUACACCGAAUAUACACAACCCUACAAUGUUAGGGGAGCAGGUUACAAACCUGACUUAUAAAAAUGCAGAUUUUCUAAAGUAUACACCAUUAAAUCUUGUUAAAUGCAAAUUAGUGUCUACACCAUAUUUCUUAAAUAGAAAGAGAUCUGAGCUCUGUACUACAAAGCGAGUUCAACAUAUCCGGGGUAUCUUGGAUUUACUCACCUUAAUAUCGACAGUCAGGUGGUCACAGGAAGCUGGUUAUCAGCUGGCUAAAUUAAACCAGGGGUUCACAUGAAAAGGGUGGUGCUGGAAGCAUCUGAGAAAUUACAAACAUGGAGAAGUGUACCUCUGGCAGAGGGGCUGGAAGGAAGAUAAAACUAUAAUAUUAAUUUAAAAAAAAUGCAGCUGCUGCAGAGAAAUCAGCCGUGUGAGAGUGUGAAUAUGCAGUGUGUGGGUGUGUGUGUGUGAGAAUCAGCA